CAUCUCUUUACAUUCCAACCCUCUCCUUUCCUGUCUCCUGUGUCCCUGCUCUACCUGAAGGCCUUGGGGACCAACAGCACCAGUGGCAGUAUUGAGCCAUACCUCUCUGGUAUCAAAACGGGCAUUUUCUCAAGCCGCGUGUCCUCUCCUGCGGCAGCGUUUGCCCCUGGCCUGAGGAAGUACCCCCAGGAGGGGGCAAUACCCUCCUUGAAAGCCUCCUCCAGUCAAGCGAAGGCCCUGUUGGCAAGCUUGUCCGCCUCCGGCCUGAGCGCUGAGGCCCUGCUUCUCUCCUCCACCCUCCGUCAUCACCGGCCUCUGCGAGAGCAGCGAGCCUCCUCACUGCCUCUGCCCAGCAGCCCGUCCUCCUCCCCUACUCCCACUGCUACCUCCUCCUCCUCCUCCUCUUCCUCUUCACCCACCACACCUGCUCCAUCCUUGUCUCCCUCCCCUCCUACCCCUUUGAGUUCCCUCCCCCUCUCCCCUGCGGUUCUCAAGCCCGGCAGUCGUAGCCCGGACAGCUCCAGCGUCAACAGCCGCAAGGAGGGUGGCAGCGAGCCAGUAAAUAAGGACCUCACCCCUGGCAACUCUCGGUGA